AUGACGCCGACCGACUCAGUUAUGAGAAUACCUGUUGGUGAGCCUCUAAAGCACGCUGAUCGCGCAGACGACACCCUUUCGCAUUAUGCUUUCCACAAGGACGCGGCUGCAGAACUACAACAAGAACCACGGAGUACAGAUCACGAGUUGCAGCAUCAGCCCGACUUCCCACCCGCUUUGUCGAUCUCUGCGAGAGUGUGUUACCUCCUGUGGUUAUCCGCCGCAAGAUGGACAGCUUCAGCCACACCGGAGACCUGGGUGGGUUGGCGGGGACAGGCACGAUAUCCCUGCGCGCACGACACUUGGCGGACCCAGAGGACCACAAAUCGACAUGUCACGUCUGCCUCGGUCAUUCAUAGAUGGCAUCUCGGUCGCGCAGAGGUUGAACAUCUACUACUUCUGGACAUCAUGUACUCGUAUGGCUGGCAGAAGGACUCGGCCGAACUGGCUACAGUCUACUACGAGGCGUACCUCGUCCGAGGCGCCGCGCGCAGUAAAUUCGACGGCAAAAGCUUUCUAAGCGGCUUGUGCGAGAGACACGACCCCGACACCGGACCGACGCCAUUGAGUAGUACUAGUUGUACCUGGUCGUUCAGCUCCAGCAUUCCGAGCGCAGGGGCCGCGCGGGAUGGGCCACUGCCAAUCCGCUAG